GGAGACCGAAUUUGUCGUGACCUAUGUCCACGGCCUGGAGACCAUGAACACUGCGGACCCAGGCGACUAUGUGUGCUUGGGUCCACAAGGCGAAGAGUAUGUCGUCAAGAGCGAUGUGGCUCCGUUCAAGUUCUACACGGACGAAGCGAAAGACAUUCCGGCCGA